CCUUGUGGCAUUUCCUCCUUAAGAGCGUGUGUUGCCCUUUUAAGAGCGGCGACUCGGAUCGAAUUCGAGGCUGUGACGUUAUUGUGGAAGUGAUCCGCGCUGGAACGUUGGAACUAUUUGGAUUUAGGAUCUAAGAUGAUGAACCCUGGCAUUCCAUUUCCCAACCUUCCAGCCCUAAACCAGACCUCAAUACAACAACAACAACAACAGCAGCAGCAACUUAAGUCUACUCUUCAAAUAAAAAAGAAUGCCAUAACUGAUGACUACAAAGUCACUAAUCAGGUCUUGGGACUGGGGAUCAACGGGAAGGUGCUAGAGAUCUUCAGUAAGAAGUCUGGAGAGAAGUUCGCUAUGAAGAUGUUACAGGACUGUGCAAAGGCACGCAGGGAGGUAGAACUGCACUGGCGGGCUUCCCAGUGUUCUCAUAUCGUGAAGAUUAUUGAUGUGUACGAAAAUCUAUACCAGUCUAGAAAGUGUCUUCUUAUUAUUAUGGAAUGUCUGGAUGGAGGAGAACUCUUCAGCAGAAUCCAGGAUAGAGGGGACCAAGCUUUCACGGAGAGGGAGGCAUCUGAGAUCAUGAGAAGCAUUGGAGAAGCAAUCCAGUACUUACACUCUAUCAAUAUUGCCCAUAGAGAUGUAAAGCCAGAAAAUCUCCUAUAUACAUCGAAACGGCCAAACUCAGUGUUAAAGCUGACUGAUUUUGGUUUUGCUAAGGAAACCACAUCACACAAUUCACUAGCAACACCUUGUUACACACCUUAUUAUGUUGCUCCUGAAGUUCUCGGGCCAGAAAAAUAUGACAAGUCGUGUGAUAUGUGGUCUCUAGGUGUUAUCAUGUACAUUCUACUAUGUGGCUAUCCACCAUUUUACUCCAACCAUGGUUUUGCCAUUUCCCCUGGAAUGAAAAAACGAAUCCGCAUGGGCCAGUAUGAAUUUCCAAACCCAGAGUGGUCUGAAGUUUCAGAUGAAGUAAAACAGUUGAUCAGAAAUCUUUUGAAGACUGAGCCAACUCAGAGGAUGACGAUCACAGAAUUUAUGAACCAUCCUUGGAUAACGCAGUCUAUGCAGAUUCCACCAACACCUCUUCAUACUAGCAGGGUCUUGAAAGAAGAGAAGGAUUUGUGGGAAGAUGUUAAGGAAGAGAUGACAAGUGCCCUUGCCACCAUGAGAGUUGACUAUGAGCAGAUAAAGAUAAAGAAGAUUGAAGAUGCCUCUAAUCCUCUCCUCCAGAAGAGACGAAAGAAAAUUACUCCCCAUGUAGCAACUCACUGAGGUUUCACUUGUGUACGAUCACCAUUGGUGCCAAUCAUGCCUUGUAUUCUUGCGCCAACUCAGUGUUAGCUGUAAAGGUGGCUUGUAGUGCCACAUUAAAACCAGUGGGUGGGGCUGCAAGUCUGUAGGAUUGGUGCCAGGCAUGGGACUCAUUCUUGUAUGCUUCUGUACUCCAUUUUUAGGAAGGUUUGUUUUUUUUAUUAUCAAGGAUUUUUUUCUGUUUUUAGAGAAUUUUCACAAUAUAUUUUAUAUAUAAAUAUAUAUAUAUAUAUUCAGAUUUGCACACACCCACAUAAAAACAAGACAGGAAACAUAUAAUGUUGAAUCUUCUGGCUAGAAGCAUCAAGGGAGUGGAAGGUGAGGGAUUAAGAUUAAGGUGUUCCAGACAAUGUGCCAUUAUUAGCAUAUCCAGCCAUAUCAAUCUGAAAGGUUAUUUUGCAGAGUGGCACACUUCAAGGAACCACUAAGCCAAGAGGCAGGUUAGUAACACUUGGUACCUAAUUUGAAAUAAAGAGUACCCUGCUAAAGCCCCAUGUUUGCUUUUAAAGGCAGAGUUGGCCAUUUUUUAAAAAUUUUAAAGGCAAUGUAAAUAUAGCGCUUUUUAAUAGAACUUUUGGAUAUUUUAAUCAUGUCCCUAAAAUUGCAAAUUAAUUUAUUUUUGUUACAUCAAGGCCUGUAUGUAAAUUAAUGUCUUUCUGGAUAUUUUAAAUAUUUAAUUUUGGAAUCAUCUUUUUUUUUUUUAAAAAAAAAAAGUCCAUUUUUAAAAUAUCCAUUAGCAAUAUAUUGUUACUCCUUAAGGCCUGCAUGUAAAAUGUUUUUAAGGACCUUUGUGCCUCCAUAUAUUGCAUCCUAGUUGCCUUAAAUGCAACCAAAUGUUGACCUGAUAACUGUAUUUUUAGGGGUGGGAUCUAGUGCAUUUUAAGUGUGGUGUGGGUGCAACAUUGGUGCUCAGGAAGGAAAUGGAGCAAGGCUCCGGGGAGCCCAUAAAUCAGCCUGUGAAAUCCUGAAGAAAAGGCCCAUAUAAUUAAAAGCUAAACGGUUGCCUGAAUUUCGCAUUUGUGAUACUGUGGUGAGAAUGUAUUGCUGCUAUUGAUAAAGUUAGUGUUUUAUAUAUUGAUUCAAAUAGGACACACAAAUGGGGUAAAAUAAUAUACACUCUGCCUAGUAGCCUAUAGACGUUUUGCCUCCUCAUCUGCAUUGCCAUGAAUCAGAAGGUAUUUUGGCACUUUUUCCUCUGUCAACUCUUGUAUAUAGUACACCAGCCUCUGACCCAAAAAAGAACAGACACUAUUUUCUUAGAGCUGUGAUCUGAAACCUUUUUAUUGAUUACAAGAAAACCAUGAUUUAAUUUUGUUUUUAAACUGAAUUAUGCAGAAUGAAAUAGCAGACCUGUUGUCCCAUUACUGAUGUAUUACUCUGUAGGAUAUGGGGAAAUUGUAUAAAAAAACUGGCUGGGUUAGGUUCUGCUCUAUUUUUGUAUUUCAGCUGUAUAGUAGCCCACCCUUGCCAUGCCAUGUAUGUUUUCAUCUCUU